UUGAAGUGGAACAAGGUUGAUGGCAUCUCAACAUACAGACUGGAAUAUGAAGUCAAUGGAGCUCCUGUCUCUGAGAACAUCAAUGCUGCUGCUGGAGAAACAUUUGUUCAACAUGUGGUCUCUGGUCUGACUGCUGGGACAGAAUAUAGUUUCACUCUUUUCACUGUGUUGAAUGGAGUCAGCAGCUCUGGAUUCUCAUUCUCUGCUGCUACAGUUCCUCUGAGUGUGACGUCGGUCCGUGUUUUGGAGCGUUUAGUGGACAGAGUAACUUUACAGUGGGAGAAUCCAGAUCAAGCCUGGAAACACAGCCUGAAUAUUAAUGACACCAACGCAUCUAUAACCCAGCAGAAGACGACAAACGUUGUGUCAUAUUUGAUCUCCAACCUGAAGCCUGGGACGAUGUAUCAGUUCAGCGUGACCACAGUGUUCUCUGGACUGAGCAGUGCUGCUUACAUCGAUCACACGUUAACACAAAUCGACUGCAGUGCCGUAUCCUGGAGGGUCACCAACUCAUCAAUCCAGGGAACAGUUGAAGGCUUGUUCUCCAAAGCUACGGCCUCUAAUGGAUCUGAAACUCUCAUCAGUCCUGAAGGGAAAAACGUGAAAUUCUCUGGCCUCCAUCCUGGAGCAACCUAUGAGAUUUCUCUACUGUAUGAAACAUCGUCUGAACUUUAUCCACAGUGUAGCAUCAACAUACCCAUCAUUCCUCCUUCUAUAUUUGCUCACUGCAGCUACUGGGGUUCUGGCUACAGCGCUCUGAUUAAAUGGGACCAACCGGUUGGUGUUUGGACGACAGGUGAACUCACCAUUAAUGGAAAAACUGUCACUUUAAACCCAGAUGAGAAUCAGCUCAUUGUGGACGGACUUCAACCUGCCAAAUCGUAUAAAGUCUCUGUGAAUUCAAAGCUGGAAACUGAAGCUGAUCCCUUAAAAUCUGAACUAUUCACUUUCUUCUGUUCAACUGAUAACAGAGGAGUCAUUGCAGGAUCAGUGGUUGGUGUUCUGCUUUGUGGUGCCGUAGUCUGUGUGAUUGCUUUUAUUGUCCUCAGGAAACCCGAUCACAUCCGGAGAAAAAUGCCUUUCAUACUUGGAUCCAAAACAGCAGAUAGAAAUGAAGAAACUGUUUCUGCUGCCAAAUUUCCAGACCACUUCCAGCAGCUGAGUUUGGAUGAAAACAGAGGCUUCAGUCUGGAAUAUGAGGCUCUCGCUCCUGUUGGCACAGGCCAGACAUGUAAGGCAGCGAUUCUACCAGAAAACAGAGAGAAGAACCGUUUUAACAUCCUGCCUUACGACUGGUGUCGGGUAAAGCUAAAUACAUCAGCCCCCAAAGAGACGGACUAUAUAAAUGCCAGUUACAUACCA